UUUGGAUCAUCACAAACUCAAUCAAUUUUAUUUAUCAUUAUACUCGAUGACAUGGCUGAUCCAAAAGCACAGCUUUGGGUAAGCAAGUCCUCCACUUUUCAGGGGAGGAAACGUGACGAGAACAAAGUUGAAAUAUGGAACAGUCACAUGGACGUACCUGAAGACUCCUGUGUCUCGACUGAAGACAACUUUGCUUCCAACUGCUGGCAAACCGAAGCCUCACAAAUCGCAAAGCAAGGGACAGAAAGUGCCAAACGAGCAAGAAAGAUCGCAGAAGAAGCUAGAUCGAUUGGAAUUUUUACAGCAGAAGAAUUAGGCAAACAAACAGAACAACUGGAAACUGUACAAGAUGACGUGGAAGCAAUACACAGUAACUUGGGAGAUGCUGAGUAUAUAAUACAUGAAAUAGAAGAUGGCUUCUUGGGUGAAUUUCUUCCUUUUAGAAAGCCUGUGAAAUCCUAUAAGAGAACAGCGACUCGGGUUGAAAGUAGAACGAUAGAAGAAACCAAGAAAGGAAUAUCUGGUCUCGAUAUUGAUGGUAUGAAGACAGGAAAGACCGAUAAGAAUAGUACUCGCGCUGUAGUCAAGAACCAAGAACGAAGAAAGAAGGAGGAAGAGGAAAAGGAAGAAGGAGAAUCCAUUUUCAAGAAUCCGUUAAAGUAUCUUUGGACUUGGUGGAAUAGAACUGACUCGAAUAUCGCAGGAGACGAGAUAUCCAGUGUCCAAUCCAGUGAAAGACGGACUCAACUCGAAGAAAGACCUCAACAGUUCACAAUAGACAAAAAGCAUUCGCAGACCUGCUUAACUGAGAAUACAUCACAUGAAAGCUUAGCACCCUCGGUAGAUAAGCAUAUACGAAAACAAGAUGAGGAAUUGGACAAAAUCGGUUUGGCUCUAAAAGAUAUGAAAGAAAUUGCUUUGAGAAUGAAUGAGGAACUCAGUUACCAGGAACAAAUCAUUGAUAAUCUUCAAGUGAAUAUGGAGGAUGCAGAUUAUCGUCUGCAUAGUGAUUUGAGAAGAGUAAAACGAAUCUAGUCUCUUUAUCAGUUGAUAUAAUAUUGAGAGAUGCAAACUAGAACUAUUCCAACCAUAUAGUGUGCAU